UUAAUCCAAGGAUUCCUACCCUUUCCCCUCCCCCUAAUAGACGGAUAAUAGACAGAUAGUUCAAAUCAACUCUCAACGAUAUAUCUCCCUCAGAGAAUUGCUGCCCAUUUCAUGAAUGCGCACCUGCCUUCCGUGCUCCUCAAUCCAUGUCGGGAUCGGAGAGCACAUCCAAGCAACCAUCUGCGAUCCAUUCGUACGUCGUCUAAUGUCCAGCGAGAAACACUUAAUUCCCUCUGCUUCCAAAAUGUUUUCUUCUAAUUUAGCAUAAUCCGGUCUCUGCUUGCAAGCAAAGGAUGCACUCCCCUGUUCUUUCCUUUUGCUCAAAGUUUGGUGAAAUUUUUCACAGCUUGUGCUAUUUGUGGUCGUCCAUGUGCCUUCUGACCUCGUUCUAAUUUUAACGGCGAUCGAGAAUGGGAAGUGCUGGGUUAGGAAUACCUGGUGAUGGAAGAUGCUUGUUCAGAUCAGUAGUCCAUGGUGCCUGCCUCAGAGAAGGAAAGCCAUCUCCAAUUGAAAACCUUCAGAAAGAACUUGCAGAUGAGCUGAGAUCAAAAGUAGCUGAUGAAUUCAUCAGGAGGAGGACAGACACAGAAUGGUUUCUUGAGUCUGACUUUGACACAUACGUGAGGCAGAUCAGGAUGCCUCACAUUUGGGGAGGUGAACCAGAGCUGCUUAUGUGUUCUCAUGUUCUUCAUUUCUGCAGGAUGCCGAUCACGGUUUACAUGUCUAGCAGCAGCUCUGCUGGUCCGAAAAUCAUAGCCGAGUACGGUCAGGAAUAUGGCAAAGAGAACCCGAUUCGAGUGCUGUAUGAUGGCUAUGGACACUAUGAUGCACUGCAGAUGCCUCUUGCAAAAACAAAACCUAAAUGGUGCAUGAAGAGCUGAGAAGCAUCUUCUCAGUGAGCAAGAAUGAAACAACAUAGUGCAAGAUCCACAGGGUUUAAUUGAGCUGGUUCUGAUCAGCUGAAGAGAAGCCACCUCUCUGAUUAAUUAUAUUGUUGUUUUCACAUGAAAUUAUUGUUUCAGAAAACAAAAUAUUCUCUGGUCCAUAAGAAUUAAUUCACUCUUCAAAAAUAUUCAA